UCCAUCUGUUGGCAUCUAGAAUCGAUUGUUUUGGUUUUGCCCUGUGGCCCCGACCCCCUCACGCUAUCGUCACGCGCUGCCUCCAAUCUACGGCUUCCUUGAUAUCGGACCCCCGUCUGAUACCCGGUCGCUGGUAAUUCUUCACAACGCUGGCAUAACUCCGCCAUGGGCACUCCAGUGGAGGGACAGCCUUCACUGGAAGGCCAUGGACCUCCGCAGCAGUAUGGUUAUGAACCCCACGGCCAGGGUCUGGCGCGACAACCCACCGACCCUUCAAACCUGCACUCCGAUUCCAGCGGACCAUCGCAAAGGCAGCUUAAUCAACUGAACCGCUCACAGACAGACCCAUUGGAACAAGAUCAGCUACAAGUUGGCCCGCGAGAGAAACCUAGGGGGCGGAGCUCGAAGAUAUGUGGGAAAUGCGGCCAACCAUUGACGGGCCAAUUCGUAAGGGCCUUGGGCGAUACAUUUCAUCUGGAAUGCUUUACUUGUCACGAUUGCGGUAAGAUUGUGGCCUCCAAGUUCUUCCCUGUCCCAGAGAAACCUCCAGGCCAGUUCCCGCUCUGCGAGACGGAUUACUUCCGUCGUCUCGAUCUCCUCUGCUUCACGUGCGGCCAAGCUCUCCGGGGUUCCUAUAUUACCGCCCUUGAUCGGAAAUACCACAUUGAACAUUUUACCUGCUCUGUCUGUCCUACAGUUUUUGGAGCUUCCGAUAGCUACUACGAGCAUGAAGGCAGCGUCUAUUGCCACUACCACUACUCGACUAAAUUUGCCCAGCGGUGCAACGGCUGCCAAACGUCAAUUCUCAAGCAAUUCGUCGAGAUAUUCCGGAACGGCCAGAACCAGCACUGGCACCCGGAAUGUUACAUGAUCCACAAGUAUUGGAAUGUCCGACUUCACUCCGCAGGUCAGCCAAUCAUCGAAGCGCAGGAUAGCGACCGUGACGCCAACGACCAGUUACGCGAGGCCGUGCGCAAGCAAGAAGAAGAGAUCGAAGCCAAGGUCAAUUGGAUUUGGAAGACGCUGUCUGCGUUCGAGGAGAAGUCAGCCACGUGUAUUUCUGACAUGCUUCUGCACGUUAGCAAUGGCGCAUACGUUGAUGGCGUCAUGGCAGCGAAGAAGUUCAUCGUUCAUAUCGAGCUUCUAUUUGGCGCUGCGGAUGACCUGGACGCGCAACUUGUUGCUGUCACACCCAAGGGCCUCACUUACUCGCGCGAAUCCAAGUUGCUGUGCAAGAAGGUCGUCGCUUUCUUUGCACUUUUGACCCAGUCGCAAGGCACAGGCGUUCGACGGCUUGGUGUGACCCAGGAACUUUUGUCACUUGUGACAGGGCUUGCCCACUACCUGAAACUUCUAAUCCGAAUUUGCCUCCAGGGAUCCCUCAAGCUCGAGCGUGAGACCCGUAGCGCUCACGGCCUCACCAACUUUCUGGCACAAGUCAAUUCCCUGGACAACCGACUUGAUGAAGAGGCUGCUAAAGACCAGGCUGCCGAAUCAGCUGUGCUUGUUCCUCGAUGCGCAGAUGCCUGCCCUAUUUGCGAUGCGCAAGUCGAGGACAAAUGUCUGCACAAGGACAAUAUGUCCUUUAAUUAUGGCUGCAUGGUUUGUCGAGGCUGCGGUUUAGAUCUUCGCAGCAAUACCAACAGCGCUUACUGGAGCAACUCUCAGCAACAUGUUUUCUGCUCACAGUGCUCAGCCAACAUCCCAGAUGCGGAGUCUGGAUUUGUACAUGUCACGAAAUUGCGUCAAUACAUACACUUAUUGAAAGUGGCCCAUGCACGUCUUAUGGCGACUCUGCGUUCUAGCGGUGCACUUCCGCACACUUCAGACGAUCCAAAUCUCGCAGGGUAUGACUCAACUCAAGGUCAUCGUCCUGAGGAUCUGGAGCCUCCACACUUGCGCGCCGAUGCGAGGUCCAAAUCGUAUGGUGGCUCUGAAGCUCAAGCUCACAAUAAUGCUGCUUACGAGCAGUCCAUGUCCGACAUCAAGCGGCUGCGUUCCACGCGUCUCGACAAGCAUUUAUCGAGCACAAUGAAGCGUGCGCGCACAUCUAGAAUCAUCGAUGGCCCCGAAGCCUUUGAGCCCGGUGCAGAUGGCGCACAUGCUAGAGGUGGCAUGCAAAUAGUACAAGAACGAGACGGCCAGAGCGACACCGAGAAUGUGACGCUUGGUGUGAACUCUCUCGCACUGGAUGACAUUGCACGUAUGGCUGCACUAGAACAGCAGCGUGAGCAGCGACCAAAUGCUUUCCGCGCCGGCGGUAGUGCGCUCCUCGGCCAUGACCAAUCGAAACUCGUGAACGGCCAUCGACGUGAUCUCUCUGGAGGCCAGGACCUACAGCAUAUGAUGGACGCUCGACAGCGCACCUACUUCUCCGAGCUUUCCCCGUUGGAAUACUUCAAAUUGAAGGGCCUAGCUGUCCUUCAACUCGGGCUCCUUCUUGAUGAUAGCCAGUACAAUCAGGGGGAUCUUCUAGACCUUAUCGAGACGAAACGAACCAACUUUUGGGGCAAGAUUGGAUUAGGGAAAGCUUUCAAAAACGACAAAGCCAAACCAAAGAGCAAGAAUGCCAUCGUCGAGAAACCCGUAUCCGACAAAGCUACAUUCAGACAACCUCUGGAGAUGCUUGUGGAGAAGUACGGCGCGGAGUCCACUGACGGUGUUGGCCCGGGCACGCUGAAAGUUCCGGCACUUCUCCAGGAUGCCGUUACUGCCAUGCGAAGUAUGGACAUGUCCAUUGAGGGCGUUUUCCGUAAGAAUGGCAACCUGAAAGCUUUGCGAGAGCUUGAGGAGGAGAUCGAUGCAAAGGGCAUCGAGCAAGUGGAUCUCAAUUCAAAGAAUCCCGUCAUCCUAGCCAAUCUGCUCAAGCGUUUCCUGCGUUUGAUGCCCGACCCGGUGCUCACACUCAAACUCUAUCGUCUUUUCAUGACUGCUAACGACAUUCCCGACGAAAGCCAGCGCAAGAAGGUGCUGCACUUGGUAUGUUGUCUUCUUCCAAAGGCCCAUCGCGAUACUAUGGAAGUAUUAUUCUGCUUUCUCAACUGGGUGUCUUCAUUCCAUACGGUCGAUGAAGAGACGGGCAAUAAGAUGGAUACGUGGAAUAUUGCUACUGUGAUGGCACCAAACUUGUUACGAGAGAACAACGAUAAGGAGAUGAGGAACGUCGAUCAAGGCGCCGUACGAGUGGUGUUUGAACUGAUUGAAAACAACGAUGAGUUCUGCGAGAUCCCAGAGGACAUUCUUUUGCUUCUGACUGAUGCUGCAUCCCCCGAGUUAACGCCAAAGGAAAUUAUGCGGCAGUGGGAGCAGCGCGGCAAGAACCCCGUCACACCAUCUACCAUGCCCUCACCUCGAAAUCAGUCUGGACCUGCGUCUCGAAAGGACCAGCGCAAUGCGCCUCACAUCACGUCGGCAGACAACAAUCCACAAGGCCUUUCUAGUGAAUCUUCGGUCAGGCCUAUUGGCGGCGGCAGCAACCCUGCGUUUGCAACAUCGAACCCUCAGACGUAUGUCGAUCUGAGCAUGCCACACGCUCCCUACGGCCAAUCUGCCCCAGGUUCGACCGAAAGCCAUCGGACUGGGUCACCUCAUCGCCAUAGCUAUCGAGGGCCAGCUAUCCAAAAGCAAACCCAGCUUGGCACUGCCGGAGCAGGCUAAUGAAAGAAUUGGCGCCCUGCCAUAACCGGAGUAACGGACGGAGCUGAUUUAUUUUUUCUAUUUUCGACCCUCGCAAAAAGAUACCAACAUUGCGGAGAUACCUUUCUUGAGCGAAAAUCUUUGUCAUCGGUUCGGCACGGCAACUCUUUGC